AAAUGUCAACAAAAAAUGGUGUGAAAUAAAAAUGGAAUUUGAUUAAAACCGAUAACUGUCUUGUUUGAAUUUGAUAACUCGUCCAAUCAAUUCGAUAGAGAAAUGAGAGGAUUGUGUAAACAGAUUGGAAAAUGGUGAUGCAUGUUGAACUUCAGGCAACCUGUAGUGCUCUGGGUUAUUUAGAAGGAAAAAGAUAUAUCAAAGAACCAGAUUGUCUAGAAACUGUAAAAGAUUUGAUAAGAUUUUUAAAGAGAGAAGAUGAUACAUGUGAUAUUAGAAGACAACUAGGACAUGCUGGUAUAGUACAGAAUGAUUUACUACAAUUAAUCAAGUACUAUAAAGAUGAUGCUGUAUUAUUUGAUACUGUUUUACGAUUAUUGGUAAAUCUAACUCAACCAGCUUAUUUGUGUUUUAAUAACCAAAUACCAGAAGAUAAGACAUUAAGAAAUUAUUAUUUAGAAAUUGAAUCUCAUCUGUAUAACUAUAAAGAGGCAUUUGUAGAUGAAGAAUUAUUUGCUGUUUUAACUGAAAAGAUUGGAGAUAUUUUGAAAUUGGAUUGGGAACACAGACAAGAAGAAGAUAAAUUAACUCUAGAGAGAAUGUUAAUAUUGUUACGUAAUGUUUUACAUAUAGCUCCAGAUCCUUCCAUGGAAAAGAGAACAGAUGAUGAUGCUAGUUUACAUGAUCAAGUUAUCUGGGUAUUUCAUGUGAGUGGUAUGGAAGAUAUGUUAUUGUAUAUUGCUAGUGCUGAUGAUGAGAGACAGUUAUGUAUGCAUAUAUUAGAAAUUAUAUCUCUAAUGUUUCGAGAACAGAAACCAGAAGUAUUGGCCAGUGCUGGAGUGAAAAAAUCUAAAUCAGAAAAAGAAGCUGAAGAAAGGGAACUAGAAAUGAUUAGAGAACAAGAAAGAGCUAAGAGAAGAGCAGAAUUCUUAAAACAGAGCUCAAGACAUUCCAGAUUUGGUGGGACCUAUGUUGUUAAGAAUCUAAAGUCUAUAAGUGAAAGAGAGAUGAUUUAUCACAAGGCUAAAGGAGAUGUUGAAGCCAUUACAUUAAACGAUAAGAAACGGCGAACCAAAAUAGCCAAAAAUAGACAGCCAAUCAAAAAUACUGAAGUUUGUCGUAGAUCUACAUUAAGUAUACGUCUGUGUUUAAAAGAAUUUUGUGUGCAGUUUUUAGAAAAUUGUUAUAAUCCUAUUAUGUUUGCUGUUAAGGAUAACCUAGUACGAGAGAAAACACAAGAUCAUGAUGAAACAUAUUAUUUAUGGUCUGUCAGGUUUUUUAUGGAAUUCUGUAGAUUUCACAGUAAACGUGUGGAGUUGGUCAGUGAAACCAUGUCAACUACAACAUUUCAUUAUAUCUAUACUAAUCUAUUAAAUUAUUAUGAAAUGAUGAUAACAGAGAAAAAAGAGGCUAAAGUUUGGGGAAGAAGAGCACAUUUAGCAUUAAAAGCCUAUCAAGAAUUGAUGUUAACAUUAGAUUCCAUGGAUAGAUCUGGUAAUCCACAAGUAAUGGAAAGUUCUAAAGUUAUUAAAGGUAAUUUAUUCUAUAUGAUGGAAUAUAGAGAUAUAUUUGUUACAUUAUUGAGAAAAUUUAAUGAGAGUCAAAUGUCAAGGGCUUAUCUAAAAGAUCUUAUUGAGAGUACACAUCUAUUUGUUAAGAUGUUAGAAGCUUGGAGUAAAAAGGGAACUCUUGUUGUUCAGAAGAAAAAAACAAAGAGGAAAAAGAAACCUAAAGAGGCAACCCUAUCUGAGAGAAAAAGUGAGAAAAAAUCCUCUAGUUCUGUAGCUACUGGACCUAGUGAAAUAGAAUUAGAAGAUAUGUGGGAUGAGAUAUCUAGUGAUCUAUCUGCUAUGAUACAAGGUAGAGAAGAUAUACCAACAGAUAUCUCACCAUUUGAUGCUGCUUCAGAAGUAGAUGUUGAUCAGCAAAGAGUUGAUGCUAUGAUUCGUAUUCAAGAUACAUUAAGAGAUAAAAAACCUGGUGAAGCUUUGGCUAUAUUUAGAGCAGCAAGGUAUGCUUGUGAUUAA